CAUCGAUGCCCGACGCAGCGAUGUUUUUCGCACAUCACUAACAACGAUGUUCGCAAAUGAAACGAACAAGCUGCUGCUUUCCUCGCAGCAGGAAAAGCCAAAUCACUACACCUACCUGAAGGAGUUCCGCGUGGAGCAGUGCCAGUCGUUUUUGCAGCACAAGUGCAACCAGCAUCGCCCCUUCGUCUGUUUCAAUUGGCAUUUUCAAAACCAGCGUCGGCGUCGUCCAGUGCGAAAACGCGAUGGCACAUUCAACUACAGCGCGGAUAACUAUUGCACCAAAUACGACGAAACCACUGGCGUUUGUCCCGAGGGCGACGAAUGCCCCUACUUACACCGCACAGCUGGAGACACCGAAAGGCGAUACCAUCUGCGCUACUACAAGACAUGCAUGUGCGUCCACGACACCGACAGCCGAGGAUACUGCGUCAAGAACGGACUACAUUGCGCCUUUGCCCAUGGCAUGCAGGACCAGCGCCCACCGGUUUAUGACAUCAAAGAGCUGGAGACCCUGCAGAACGCAGAGAGCACACUGGACAGCACUAAUGCUCUGAAUGCCCUGGACAAGGAGCGCAAUUUGAUGAACGAGGAUCCCAAGUGGCAGGACACCAACUACGUGCUGGCCAACUAUAAGACAGAGCCCUGCAAGCGCCCACCGCGCCUAUGCCGCCAAGGAUACGCUUGUCCACAGUACCACAAUAGCAAGGACAAACGUCGCUCGCCCAGGAAAUACAAGUACAGGUCCACUCCUUGCCCCAAUGUCAAGCACGGCGAGGAAUGGGGAGAGCCGGGCAAUUGCGAGGCCGGCGAUAACUGCCAGUACUGCCACACACGCACCGAGCAGCAGUUCCAUCCGGAGAUCUACAAGUCGACCAAGUGCAACGAUGUCCAACAGGCCGGAUACUGUCCGCGCAGCGUCUUCUGCGCCUUUGCCCAUGUGGAACCAUGCUCAAUUGACGAGAAGACGCAGGAUCACACGGUAUCCCUAAGUGAGCUUAUUUCCAAUGCCUAUCCUGAUUUAAAAGCCCAGGAUGCGUUCCAAAGGGGCGAUAAUUUGUUGAACAUUGAUGGUAAUAGCACCAAUAAAAUGUUGGUAGACGCUUUGGAAAACACAACAAAUUUCAGCAAAUUUUUAAGUUUCUCACGACCCCUGGACAGUCGUUCAGCUUGCUCACUGGACGAUCCGCGCGAGAACUCAUUGUCGGCGAGUUUGGCCAAUACUAGCUUAUUAACACGUUCCUCGGCGCCAAUUAACAUUCCUAAUACGACUCUAAGUAACUCAAUUAACGAUUUUAACUCAGGUGGCUUCGCCGUGAACAUUCCCAGCAGCUCGCUCCCCUACAGUCCCACCAACCACGCCAAUCUCUUCAACGUGGACGCCUUCAACUACGGCGGCUCAAACAAACUCAGCAAUUCCCUUUCGGCCACCCAGAACGAUAGCAGUCUCUUCUUUCCGUCGCGCAUUAUAUCGCCUGGCUUUGGUGAUGGCUUGUCGAUUAGUCCUUCGGUACGGAUAUCCGAAUUGAAUACCAUACGCGACGACAUCAACAGCAGCUCGGUGGGAAAUAGUCUGUUCGAGAACACUCUUAAUACGGCCAAGAAUGCGUUCAGUUUGCAAUCUCUGCAGUCGCAAAACAACAGCGACCUAGGCCGCAUCACCAAUGAGCUGCUCACAAAGAAUGCUCAAAUCCACAAGUUGAACGGACGCUACGAGGACAUGGCAUGCAAACUAAAGAUCGCGGAGCUCCAUCGGGACAAGGCCAAGCAGGAGGCGCAGGAGUGGAAGGAGCGCUAUGACUUAGCACAGAUACAACUCAAUUUGCCAGCAGAGCUUAGGGACUUGUCCAUACAAAAAUUGAAGCAACUGCAGUCAAAGCUACGCACCGAUUUGGAGGAGGUCGACAAAGUAUUAUAUUUAGAAAAUGCCAAGAAGUGCAUGAAGUGCGAGGAGAACAAUCGCACGGUAACUCUGGAGCCGUGCAACCACCUGUCUAUCUGCAAUACAUGCGCUGAAUCGGUCACCGAGUGUCCCUACUGUCAGGUGCCAGUAAUAACCACCCACACCUAGAACAUGUUUUAUCAGCAACAGGACCACAAGUGGCCCUUUGGCUGAAAAUCGGAUAGGAAAGAGGAGGAUCAUGGGGAUCAAGACCGCGAACAGCAUGACAAUGUGGUACUCACAAAGCAAACUUUAGUCAUAAGCAAAACGUUGAAACUUUUGAUCAGUUAGGAUUUGACACAUGCCUACUACUUGUGCAUGUGGCAAGGAAUAUAUAAUUUAUAUUUUCAAUCUAUGCAAAAUAUGCAAAUUAUCGUCAUGAAUAUUAGCAAUUACUAGGCACAAACUAUUAAUUGAAUUAGAUAGCAGCUCUAAACAAAUAAGUAUAUCAUUUUAUUUUUGUUUAUUUUUUCUCAAAUCGAAUACAGGAAAAAACAUUUUAAAUUGAUAUUUUUAAUAUGCUUUAUGUAACCAACUCUUUUAAUUUUGUUUAAUAUUCAAUGUUUAGGCAUACAUAUUUUCUAAUUUACUGCACGAAUUUGCAAUGUCUCAUUUAUUUUUUUAAUCACAUAUAUUUGUGUAUCUCUAUAUUUGUAUUUAAAUAUGCUACACUUUCAGUCAUAUUGUACUUUUCACUAGUAUUACAUAAGAAAUUAUGGGAACUAAACCAUUACAAGAUGUAAUUGGUUGAAGGAUAUGAUAAAUAUAUAAUAUAUUAAUUUUUCUAGACACUUUUAGCAAUUGACUAUUAACAAAUUUAUAGAAACCAACAAAUUUAACAAUAUAUUGUCGCAUAGAAGAGCAAAAAACAACCACAAACAAACAAAUACCACCAGUGAUUUUAUAUAAGCCGAUUUUCAAACUGUAUUUUUUAUGUAUGUGUUUCAAAACUUGUGAAAGCAAACUACAACUAAAAAGCCAAAACAAUGGUCAUAUAAUCAAUGCAACUGACGGGUAAUCAAUCUUAGUCAGUACUCAGCUUUUAUUUUCUUUUUCCAAAUGCACAAAAGUAAUUAUAGACGCUGAAACGAAAAGUAACUAAAGUGCGACAACGCUUUUUCUUAUCGAAAGUUAAUUUUCUUUUCUGAAAACCAAGUUGAAUGUAUUAAGACACUUUGCUUUUAUUUAGGUUUUGGUGGGUGCAGCGUGUGUGAACCAAUGCCAAUACCCAGUCACAAAAUUACAAAAACUUACGUAUAUACUCCAUUAGGUUACUUUGUGAUUUGAAUAGUGCUUUAAGUACUUACUUUGCAGUUGACUUCAAUCUUCAUUUAACUUUCAUAGUCUCAACUGGACGCUUCCAAUUUAGUAAAAGCAAAAAAUGAAUCGUCAAUGUCAAAACGUAAUAUUUAAGUCAUAUAAAAUCAAGCAUUUGGCUGAUGGUACAAGAACGAAUAUGAAUAGAUAUAUAUUUAUGGAAAAUUUGAACGCCGAUUCGAUGAGUGUGAUGUAGAAAGCAUAAACAAUAAAAGUAACUCGAUACAGCGAAAUGAACAGAGUUUAAUGAAAAUGUUAACCAGAGUUAAUGAAAACCGUCUUCAAAAACCAUUGUAUUUUUCUGGAAAAAUAAAAUUAUCAAAUGUAAUCAAUUGGACAAUGUUGAAUGAAACUGAAACGUGUUGUUAGCUAGUUGAGUUGAAUUGAUAAAGAUGUAAUCAAAAUGAAAAUGUUCUGGGAAUGAAUUGAAUAUGAAUAUGAAAUGAAAUGAACAUAGGCAUUUAUUGGAAACAAAAGCAACACUAUGAAUAUAUACAAAUGAAAAACUGAAAUAUAUUAUUAAAAAGCUAACUAGGAAAGGCAGCGCAAAGGCUCUUAUCUCUGUGUGUGUUUGUACUGUGUUUUGUAGAAGCCAAAUCAGCAAAGAAAUACAAAUAAUUAAUAAAUAUAACAAUAAACAAAUGUGUGUUAACUUAUAAAUGCUUUAAUAGUUUAUGAUACAAGUGUACACAAAAAAAACUAAAAAUCACGAGAACAAAUAAUGAGAAAAUUGGUUUUAUAAUGGAGCUGUUGAGUCGCAAAUCUAUUGUGUGUAGUACCAAACUAAACUGAAUGCAUACCUCUCUCAGAAUAUCCUUGACUCUCAUCACCGGGCACAGUUUAAAGAUUUGCUAAUUUACUUUAUAAAUCUCCACGAUAUACAAUGAAUGUGUAUCGACCUACGUGUUUUUCAACCCCAUUCAUUCCAAAGCAACCAAUGCAAAGCAAUUUUACAACAUGUCAAGAAAUCCAUUUCACGCCAUCUCAACUGUGAAGAAUCAAACAGAAACCAGAUCGAAAAGUAUAUGUACGUUACAUACAUAUAUAUUUAUAGAUGACACAUGUAUUUUGUAUACGCUACUGUAAGAGUGAUUUUUAUGUGAUUUUGAAACUACUUGAAUAUGUGAUCCAGAAAUAUAUAAAAAACAAAAAAAGAACAAAAAAAUACAAAUAUUUAUAUAUAUAAAUGCAAGCUCGCGACAGCAAACAGCAAUAAAACAAAUCAAAUUGUAAACCAACUUGACUUAAUGUACAACAACAAUGACGACAAAACAAAUAUGUUGUACAGCUCCAGCUCCAUUUAGAAAACAAAAGGCAAGAGAAGAAGGAUUUUGGUAGUUGAAGAGAUAUGGACACACGUAGAAUACUUAACAAAUUGUCAAAUGAACACGUAGACCAGAAAAACAUAAAAAUCGUAAUGACUAA